AUGGCGUUUGGUAAAGAAGCUCGAAUUAUUACUUUAUUGGUGAUCGAUGUGGCUUUCUUCUUAUUGGAAAUCAUCGUCGGAUAUGCGGUCGGUUCACUUGCACUCGUUGCCGAUUCGUUUCAUAUGUUAAACGAUGUGAUGUCACUCAUUGUUGCAUUGUAUGCUGUCAGAUUGGUAAAUCAAGGAAACGAAAAACGUGAUCCACGUUACUCUUAUGGUUGGCAAAGAGCGGAAAUUUUGGGUGCUUUGAUCAAUGGAGUUUUCCUUUUGGCACUUUGCUUUUCAAUCUUUAUGGAAGCAAUCGAACGAUUUGUCAAUGUUACCGAAGUUCAAAAUCCAAAACUUGUCGUCAUCGUUGGCUCGCUUGGUCUUGCUUCUAAUAUCGUCGGCUUGUUCUUAUUCCACGAUCAUGGACAUUCACACGGAGGACAUUCACAUGGACAUUCGCAUGGUACAGAAGGACAUAGUCACAGCCAUGGCGCUGAAGAUGGACACAGUCACUCACAUGAAGAACCACAGCAACUCCCUUCGUCCAGUCCAAUCGGCAAGAGACGUACACACGAUCGCGAACGCUCGGAAAGCGUCAGCAGUCUAUUAGGACAUCCCGCUGCAACACGGGCUUACGUUGUAAGAACAGCUCAUGAUCUAGGAUACGAUGCAAAUGCUGCAGGACCAUCUUCUCAUGAUACACAUGAACGUGAAGCACUCUUGAACAACAAGAAACAACAAUCAAAGAAUUACGGAUCUUCCAAUGGAUCGCAUGAUCAUAGCGAAAAUGGAAUCUCACACGAUGAUGAUUUAGAAGAUGGAGAUGGAAUGCGCUUACGUCACGGACACAGUCAUGGUGGAGGUGAAGGAAGUAUGAACAUGCAAGGUGUCUUCUUGCACGUUUUAGGAGAUGCUUUGGGUAAUGUUGGUGUCAUUGCUGCUGGUUUGUUUAUCGCUUUGAGCUCUGCUUGGUGGAGAUACUAUACCGAUCCUGCAAUCAGUUUCUUGAUCACAAUCAUCAUCUUCACUAGCGCUUUACCUUUGGUCAAAAGUGCAAGCUUUAUUUUGUUACAAGGUGUUCCGAGCGCAGUUCCCUUGGAUGAAGUUCAUUCUUCUCUACUUGAAGUCAAGGGUGUUUUGAGCGUUCACGAAUUGCACAUUUGGCAAUUGAGUGAAUCAAAGAAUGUUGCAAGUGUGCAUGUCUUGAUCGACGUGGAUGAAGCCAAUUUGACCGAUCAAGCUGCCACUUCUGCUGCAAAACAUCGUUACAUGGAAAUCGCUCAGCAAAUCCGUAACAAGCUCCAUAAAUUCAACAUUCACUCUUCCACCAUUCAACCUGAAUUCGUUCGAGGUGGAAUGCGUGGAGUCGCACGAGCACAUGGAGUGGAGAUUGAUGAACAUGUCACCAAUGCUAUCGGAAAGCUCGUUUCCAAACAAGGUGAAUUGGUUGAACGUACAAUCUCAAAGAACGGUUCUUCUGCUUGUUUGAUUGCUUGUGGCCCUGAUGGAAACUGCGUCGAAUCUGCUUGUUGUCCACCAAUCAGUGCAAACGAAGAUGCCCCAAAGUCAGCCAGCAAAGCUCCUUCAACCUAUGAACACAGUCAUGAUCACGAUCAUGCAUAG